AUGUCUGAUCUUCAUUUCGUUCUGGUGCUGCUCGUGGUCUGUUGUCUUACCUCUUGUCCCGCGAUAUCCAAGUCGCUAGUGCACAAGCUGGUUCGGACGAGAAAGAUUCGAGUGCACAGAGAGGGCGAGUGGAAGCGAACGUCAGAUCCAGCGUUAAGGCUCGAAGAAGGACAGCAAAUUCAUGUCUACAGUCAAUCGUAUGCGGAUAGCAUUGCACUAUCGAAGGAUGAGAAUGAUAACAAGAACCUUAUUAUGACUGAAGCAGAGAUGCAAAGGCUAAGGAGCUGCGUCAUCUAUCAAGACGAUCGCUGCAUCAUCGUCAACAAACCAGCAGGAUUAUCUGUGCAGGGGGGGACGGGAACGCGACGGCACUUAGAUGGCUUGCUGCACUGCCUGGUUGAUGAUGAUGCCGAGAGACCGAAACUUGUCCAUCGGCUUGACCGGGAUACCAGUGGAUGUCUCGCCCUCGGCCGCAGCAAGAAAGACGCCUCUGUUCUUGCGACAAUGUUUCGGCAAGGGGAUGUUGACAAGUCGUACAUAGCUCUCAUUGGGGGGAUCCCUGAGAAGGUUGUCUUGGAAGCAUUGCUCGCACUCAAGUAUUUCUGA